UCUUCUUCUUCUUCUUCUUCUUCUUCUUCUUCUCCUCCACUCGUAGAUCGUUUCCUCCAAACCCUAAAAUCUCUCUCUCGCGCGCGCCGCCAUGGGGCUCAAGCUCCGCGGCCUCGUGGGCGCCCUCAAGGACACGGCCUCCUUCGGCAAAGCGGCGCUCCUCUCCCCCCCCGCAGCGCCCUCCGCCGCCGCCGCCGCCGCGAGCCUCGCCGUGCUCCGCGCGACCCCGCACCACCCGUGGUCGUCGCCGCCCCCGGCACGGCACCUCGAGGCCCUGCUCUCCUUCGGCCGCGGCUCCCGCCUCGCCGCCGCCGCCCUCGUCGGCGCCCUCGCCGCGCGCCUCCGCUCGACCCGCGACCCCGCCGUGGCCCUGAAGGCGCUCCUGUCCCUCCACCUCCUCCUCUCCCGCGGCGCCUUCAUCCUCCGCGACCAGAUCCCCCCGCUCCUCCUCCGCCACCCCUCCUCCGGCCACAACCCCCUCGCCCUCUCCUCCUUCCCCCUCGGCUCCUCCCCUUCCUCCUGGGCCCUCGCCGCCUGGGUCCGCUGGUUCGCCCGCCUCCUCGAGCUCCUCCUCCUCCUCCCCCCCGCUCCCUCCGACCCCGACCGCCUCGCCUCCCUCCUCAACCCCGACCUCGUCGCCGAGCUCGAACCCCUCGUCGCCGUCGCCGAGGAGAUCCGCCGCGCCCCGGCUCCCACCUCCUCCUCCUCCUCCUCCUCCUCUCCCCUCCACAACAUGCUCAUCCGCGAGACCAUCCGGGUCGCCGAGGAGGACCGCAUCGCCGCGGAGCGCGAGAUCGGCGCCCGGGUUCGCGAGCUGCGGGAGCGGGUCGACUCGCUAGGGUUCGCCGACUCGGUCGAGCUGGCGUGCCUCCUGAAGCGGCUCGAGGGGGGCGCGGAUCGGAAAGGGACGGUCGCCGACGAUCCGUUCUGGGGCGCGGUCGCGGAGCUCAGGGAGAGGGUGGAGGGGGCGGUGGCGGCGAAGGGGGAGGAGGAGAGGAGGGUGAGGAGGAGGGAGCGGCCGAUGAGCGAGUCGGCUCGGAUUUCGGGCCGGGUCGAGUCCGCGCUGGGCGCCGGUCCUGUCCGGUUCGGCUCCGCGAGAUGGCUCCAACGGUGAGAUCCCGAGUGCGACGUCGCUUGCGCACUAGGAUUUGGAUUACUACUCGAUCGCGCCGUGUGUUAUUGCAGGUGUUGUUGUUUGAAGGGUUCGCAUUCUCUAUUAUAAAUUCUAUUUGUCUACAUAUUCUAAACGGUAAAUGCUACUUCUACAUCCCAAUCAAGCAUCUCAUUCAUAUUCAUCUAUCAGAUAGAAUAUUUGUAUUAAUCAUAUCAUUUUAUUAGUGAGUGAUUUCUAUCUGUUAGAUGAAUAUUGAAUAGAUGAUGUGUAAGAUAUAUCUUUGAGAUGUGAAAUAUGCACUCACUGUUAGGUGUACGAAUAGCAUUGCUCGGUUAACUCAAGUCGCUGUUUUCUAUGGGUCCAUUGGUAGAUAUGUAUAUAAAUAGGGUUGUAGAGAAAUUGAAUCCAUACAAGUGUUCCUGAGUGGAGUGGAUUGUGAUUUUUUUAGUUUUUUUUGGAGGGUUUUUAAAGUUUAUUUAUUUGGCCGAAAGCGGGGGAACGUGUUUGUUUGGGCCCAUGCAAUAAAUUAAAAGGAUUUGUUGGUGUGGAUGUUUUAUUC